AUUAUAUACAUAACUAUCUUCAGUAUUUGUAUGUUUCUUAGUUCUUAGCUUGAUUGUUAAACCCGGUUGAUGAGAGAUAUCAAAAUUGAAUUUAUAGAAAGGGAAAUCUCUGAAUUGAAAACUCAACGGAUGAGGUGCUGGGCGGUGGGUUCGCCUGUUCUUCCUCCAAUUUCCCUUCCCCUUUCACCAAUCAUUCCAUCUCCAAAUGGCGCUUCAUCUUCCUCCAGUCGUGGAUUCCCGAAUGCGGAGGAUGAUGCCUCUUAUAUCAAAGAGCCUUCUUUCCCAUGCUUCAAAUGGCGGUUGCUCAUCGCUUAUGACGGUACUCGAUAUGCAGGCUGGCAAUAUCAGAGGUCACCACCCACUAUCCAGUGCCUCAUUGAAGAAGCCUUGAUUGGAGCAACAAAGCUUGAAAGGAAGGAUCUUCAUUUAGUUGGUGCAAGCAGAACAGAUAAAGGAGUACAUGCCUGGGGUCAGGUGGCUCACUUUGUUACGCCAUUUAACUACGAUAGCUUGGAAAGCGUUCAUGCUGCACUGAAUGGCCUUCUUCCUGUGGAUAUAAGAGUUCGAGAGAUGAGUCCUGCUGUACCCGAUUUUCAUGCUCGGUUUUCUACGUUAAGCAAGGUUUAUCACUACAAGAUAUAUAGUGGCACAAUCAUGGAUCCAUUUCAGCGUUGCUACACUUACCACUGUGUUUAUAAACUCAACUAUGCAGCCAUGAAAGAAGCUGCAAAUUAUUUCGUCGGAAAGCAUGAUUUUUCUGCUUUUACGAAUGCAGCUCAUAACGAUCGAGUGGUAAAUCCAGUGAAGGUCAUUUUCCGUUUUGAUGUGAUAGAAAUGGGAGCUCUUGUGCAGCUAGAAGUUGAGGGUUCUGGGUUCUUGUAUAGACAAGUUCGGAAUAUGGUUGGCUUGUUGGUUCAAAUUGGAAAGGAAGCACUUCCUCCUGAGGUUGUUCCUAAGAUUUUGGCAUCUCGAGAUCGCAGAGAGCUUGCUAAGUAUGCUUCGGGCGUUCCUCCCCAGGGACUGUGUCUUGUGAGUAUUAAUUAUAAAGAGGACCAUUUAAAGCUUCCAUCCGAUUGCCCUGGGACUAGUUUUGGUAGGACUCGUAGUGUGAGCAAAUGUAAAGUCCCUUUUUAUUGAAUCAAUCUUGCACUUAUGCCAUGAGAAUAAUCUGCGUUGCAGGGUGUCCCAACAACUUAGGAGGCCGAGAUAUUAUUAGAUAAGCAGUGUAGUUUAGUUAACAAAAUUUUUGAUCAGUUAGUCUUUGUUAAUUUAUGAUUUAGUAUAUUUAUGUUAGUUUGUUAUUUGUUUUUUCUUUUUCUUUUCUGUGGUAAGCCUAUAGCCACUCUUAGUACACUGUAUUGGAACUCUAGAGACUUUGAACAUUAUUAUUGCAAUACUUUGUAUUUUAGAAGGAUUUCUCUCAAUUUUGGAGAAUUAAAGGUUAUUCCAAGAACGGGUUUUACCUUAUUCUUGGAAUGGAAUUACUGUUA